UCUGCGUUAUCAUACGCGGCCUCCUCUGGGUCCAACUCAGCUCAAUCCCCUGCACCACCCCCGCUACUCAGGUCACUAGCGCUGGGGGACAACUCACCACCAGGGAUCCCAUUAGCCCAGGGGCGGCCCGUUGCAUCUGCAUUUACCCCGGCCGAGCGGGAGUAUACACAGGGUCAUAGAGUACCCGGCAGCAGAUCAGAUGAGGGAGGGUUCCAGGGGGCAUCGCCACCUUUGCUUUUUAGCGAUCACGGUCCCGGUUCCGACCGCGCACCCUGACGCACGCCGACGCUAAUGGCGCAUAUCAGUGACAUCAGCGGUGUGCAUGGGGGGGCGGGGUUGGCGCCGCGACCGUUAGUCAGGGACCAAGUGUCAUACAGGAGGAGGGGAACUACCUACAUGCGGUAAGGGGAAACUUUAGCGGGAGGACAGCGGUGACACAAGGGGACAGCAGGGAAUACAUGGGGGGCCAAAUGGUUUCAUCUCCAGUGGGGGAAAUACGGGCUGGACCACAUAUCAGCAGGGGAGGGAGGAGCGGUCAAAGGAACCUGACGCAGGCGGUCCCAAUACAGAGGGAAUACAUUUACAUAGUGGGGGAAAGCACUGCUGGCAAUAAUUAUAGGCACAGCAGGGAGGCUGCAGACACUGACUACGAGGUGGGGGGCAUAGAGUACGUGCAGCAUCAUGCGAACGCACACAUUAACCCUGAGAUAGGCUCAUACGUAAGAGGCAGGGACAGGCUGCUAUAUAAGAGGGUACAUGAGAAUGAUAGGACCGGCCAAGAGAUCCCACACAGCAAAAGGACUGUAAAUAACAUAUUUUGUCCACAGGCUCUGCAAGCGGUCGCACCUGUAGCUGCGGCGGGGGGACAAAGUGGGCUCCAGGAAGCAAAGGAGCAGAGGGACCACAGAACAGAGGGACCUCUCAAGCAUCCUGGAACCAGUGGAGGGGGAACAGCAAUGGAGCAGCAAUCCAACUCCUCACAGACAAAGGCAAAAGAAACGACAAAGCCUAGCCCAAGGAAGAGGUCACGCACAAGAGCGAUCACAAGCGACAUGGCUAAGGGCAGAUGCUGUGGUGUUUCCGCCACUCAGAAUAAGACCGCCCGUGUAGCGCCCCUUAAGGGUUUUUUCACCACGAAGCAGGAAAUCGGCUACUGGUCUGUCGGUCAGAGCUGGUGGAUGGCAUAGAAAAAUCAUGGCG